AUUUGUUUGGAUAGAAAAAAAUGAAAUUCGUCCAUAUGCUCAUCCUAUUUAUGGUCAUGAAUGCUACUAUUGCUGCAGUCAUUCAGAGAGAACCAGAACACCAGAAUGAAGGUGUGCUUGCUUCUUUCCAAAGCUUUGUCUAUAAGGCCUUCUAUUUGGACAAGAUUGGAAAUUUUGAGCUUGACCCAGAAGAGUUUACUAAAUUGUUCGCUUUGAUGUUGGUGAUUCCACUUCUCGUCUUCGCAUAUGUAGCGAUGGUCUUAGGAUUAGAUGCUGCUUGGCAUUUAUUCUUCGACAAUUUCAUGAGGGAUGAUGCUUCCAACUCAGUUCUGGAGCAUAUCUUGAAGACUGCUGAAAACUAUGCUUGGUAAAUACCUCUUGUCAUUAAGAUUAUUUCGUCUAAUCUCCAACUAUCUUAGUUUUGAUCUAAUC